AUUCUUCAUUCAUUAAUUAUUUUUCAUUGUCCCUUCUCCGUUGUGUUGUCGUGAUAAAAUAAUAAGUUUUAACUUGGAAACAAAUGUUCAUUUUUAUUUUUGUAACUCCCUAGCUCAUUAUUUUGCUACCUUUGUUUCAGAUAAUGUGAAUUUGUAACUUAUAAAUUAAAAAAUGAGUUAUCAGGACGAGGCUAAUUGCUACGUGGGAUCAUUCCCUAAGGACUUCAGCUAUGGACCUUUGGAACAGAAUGGUGAUGGCGAUAACACGUCAUUGCAGGAGGAUCGUAAACCUCGGAUACUUUUGAUGGGGCUACGAAGGUCGGGAAAAUCAUCCAUACAAAAAGUGGUUUUCCAUAAGAUGUCACCCAAUGAGACCCUAUUUUUGGAAUCUACUAAUAAAAUAGUGAAAGAUGACAUUAACAACAGCAGCUUCGUACAGUUUCAAAUUUGGGACUUUCCAGGACAAAUAGACUUUUUCGACCCAUCAUUUGAAUCUGAAUCUAUAUUUGGUGGAUGUGGAGCAUUAGUAUUUGUCAUUGAUGCUCAGGAUGAUUACCAAGAAGCAUUGGAUAAAUUACAACUUACUGUUACAAAGGCAUAUCGUGUGAAUAAUAAUAUUAAGUUUGAAGUGUUCAUUCACAAGGUUGAUGGUCUAAAUGAUGACUACAAGAUGGAAUCACAAAGGGAUAUACAUCAUCGGGCCACUGAGGACCUUGCAGAGGCUGGCUUAGAGCAUGUGCAUCUGUCGUUCCACUUAACUUCUAUAUACGAUCAUUCUAUAUUUGAAGCAUUCAGUAAAGUGGUGCAAAAACUAAUACCUCAACUUCCAACACUUGAAAAUCUUCUAAAUAUUCUCAUUUCGAAUUCUGGUAUAGAAAAAGCAUUCCUUUUUGAUGUAGUAUCAAAAAUUUAUAUAGCAACUGACAGCUCACCAGUGGACAUGCAAAGUUAUGAGCUCUGCUGUGAUAUGAUUGAUGUGGUCAUAGAUAUUUCUUGCAUCUAUGGUAUGGUGGAUGAGACUGAGGCAAAUACUUUCAACAAUCAGAGUUCCAGCCUCAUUAAACUUAAUAAUGGCACUGUUCUUUAUUUGCGGGAAGUCAACAAAUUCUUGGCCCUAGUCUGUAUAUUGCGUGAAGAAAACUUUCAGAAACAAGGUGUAAUAGACUACAAUUUCCUCUGUUUCCGUGAUGCCAUCACGCAAGUGUUUGAGCUACGAAACAAAUGUCAAAACGCCAUCGCUAUGUCGAGGGCUACCUCAGGCACUCCCGAGCCUGUCCCCAACGGCGCGGCAGACUCAGUGGAGAGCGCGUCAGACAGAUCACAGGUGCAGUUACCAUAGCAUAAAAUAUCUUGUAACAUACCCAUAUCUUACGCCUGUAGUUAUGUGAUUACUUAAUAGAAAUCAUUUAUGUACAUUUAUAUUGUUUAAAUAAUUAAUAAUAAAGUAUAUAACUAUGUUUUUAA